GCAGCGCUGGACUUAGAGAGUAUAAAACAAGCAGAGAGCUACUCCCAUCUUUAUCUUCACUGUCUGUCACCAUGUCUUUCUCUGGAAAAUACCAGCUGGAGUCUCAGGAGAACUUUGAGCCUUUCAUGAAGGCUGUUGGUCUCCCUGAUGAGCUCAUCCAGAAAGGCAAAGACAUCAAGAGCGUCUCUGAGAUUGAGGAGACGGGUGACAACUUCAAAGUGACGGUCACAACUGGCUCAAAGGUCCUAGUAAACACCUUCAUCAUCGGACAGGAGGCUGACAUUGAGACCCUCACAGGGGAGAAGGUCAAGGCGGUUGUUAAGCGUGAUGGCAACAAGCUGAAGGUGUCCCUCAAGGGAAUCGAGUCAGUUACAGAACUGGUGGAUGGGAACACAAUCGUCAAUACUAUGACUCUUGGUAGUAUUGUGUACAAGAGGACAAGCAAACGUUUAUAAAUGCCUGCAAUUGGGAUAAUAAAAUGUUACAAAAAUGCA